AUGGGUCCAGUCGUAGAUAGUAACGAAGCUAUGCAAUGCGAGUACAUUUCAACAAUCUUACAUACGGCUGUAAGUAUUCUUGGUGACUUGGUAAUCACACCUCAGGUGAAUAUAAUUAGUGAAGAAAACACAGACUAUGCCAUCAAAAAAAUUAUCAGCGAGAUGCUGGAGGAAAUAAUUUGCAUAACCGAAGGCAAACAGAAUCAGGCGACUAUGGGUAUCUGCCAAAACUUACUACAAUGUCGAAGUGCUUGUGAUAUAAGUAUAACAGAUUCUACUAGAUUGCUCGCUAUAAGAUGA